AUGGCACCACCAAAGCUGGCAAAGCCUGCAAAAGGCGCAAAGUCAGGGAACGAUCUGCGAAUGUUUUUCGGACCCGGAGGAGGGCAACCAAAACCUGUAGCGAAGAGUAUGCCGUCUCAGACCUCGACAGUGGCUUCACAAAACAGUAAUUCUGGGCUAUCUUCAAAAGCAAAGGGAAGUCAGAAAACACUCCUCGAGUCCCAGAAGAGUCAAACCCCUUUGGUGAUCGAGGAUAGUGAUGAUGAACCAUUAUUGCCCGUGAAGAAAUCUUCCGCGGCCAAAUCAAAACAGCAUACCAUGAUAAUUUCAAGUGAUGAAGAGGAGGAGAAGAAACCAACACCAAGGCAGCAGCAAACCACUUUGAAACGCAAGAAGUCCACCACACUAUUCGCCAGUGACGAUGAAGACACACCUCCUAGAAAGAAACUUUCCACCCCCUCCUCGAAACCUUCUAAAUCCACACCCAAAGCUACCGCCAGCAAACUUAAGUCAAAAAAAGCGUUUCAAGAUGAUGACUAUGAUGCGGAAUCCCCAGGGGAGAGUGAUGAUGACGAUGAUAAUUUUGUUGUGGAAGAUGACGAUUUCGACGCCAAACCAUCUCAACGCAAAACGCCGGUCAAGAAACAUCCCGUCGCCAGCGCCUCGAAAGCGAAAGCGGAACACGCAUCUUCUACAAAAGUUCAUGAUGAUUCUCAUUCUCAGACAUCACAGCAGGCGCCAAAGAAAUUCAAUUGGGCAGCGAAGAAAGCCGCUCAAUUGGCCGGACCUGCGGCUCAUGGCUCUAAAGAGGUCCCUGAUGGCGCGCCCGAUGCGCUCGCAGGGCUAUCCCUUGUUUUCACCGGAGAAUUGAGUAGCUUCUCCCGCGAAGAAGCCAUUGAUUUGGGAAAGCGCUUUGGCGCUCGCGUUGUAAUGCAACCCUCCAGUAAAACGGAUUAUGUUGUGCUAGGCGACAAUGCAGGUCCGAGCAAACUUAAUGCCAUCAAGAAGCACGGAAUCAAAACCCUUAACGAAGAUGAGUUCUUGCAUAUGAUCGGAACGCGCAAGGGGCUCGGCAACGGCAAAGUGGACGAGAAAACGAAAAAGAAACUGGAAAAAGAACAAGAGGACAUCAAGAGGGCAGCUAAGGAAAUGGAGUCGAGAGAAAAGAAGGAGCGGGCAGAGGCUCAGAGCGGGAGGGUUGUGGAUCCCAAAACACAGUUGUGGACUGUCAGGUAUGCACCUCAAAAUCUGAAGGACAUUUGUGGGAACAAGGGCCAGGUCGAAAAGUUGCAGCAAUGGCUGCACGACUGGCCCACAAGUUUAAAGUGUGGUUUUAAGAAGCCUGGAAAGAACGGUUUGAAUCUAUAUCGGGCGGUUCUCAUAACGGGACCCCCUGGAAUCGGGAAGACUACUAGUGCCCACUUGUGCGCGAAGCUUGAGGGCUUCACCCCAAUCGAAAUGAAUGCCAGCGAUACACGCAGUAAGAAGCUUGUCGAGAAUGGCAUGAACAUCAACAACACAUCGCUUGACGGAUUCGUAAAAGGAGCUUCGGAAACCAAUUCCCUAGGUGUCUUGAUUACAGACAAAUCUUGUCUCAUCAUGGACGAAGUUGACGGAAUGUCUGCUGGAGACCGUGGAGGUGUCGGGGCAUUGAACGCUUUGAUUAAGAAAACCAAGAUUCCUAUCAUCUGCAUUGCCAAUGAUCGCCAGGCGCAAAAGCUAAAGCCCUUGAUGGCUACGACCUUUAGCCUCCCCUUUCACAAGCCUCCCGCGCAAUCGAUACGAUCAAGAAUUCUUACCAUCGCUUUCAAGGAGAAGAUGAAAAUACCCGCCAACGUUAUUGACCAACUCAUCAAUGGGGCACAAUCAGAUAUUCGCCAAGUACUCAACAUGCUCUCAACAUGGAAAUUGUCGAGUGACACCAUGGACUUCGACGAGGGAAAAGACCUUGCCAAGAUGAAUCAGAAGUACUCUAUUUUAAGUCCUUUUGACAUCACCUCAAAACUAUUAGGCCCAUAUGUCUACUCACCGACUUCACGAGAAACUUUGGGAGACAAAAUGGAUUAUUAUUUCCAGGAUCAUUCAUUUGUUCCUUUAUUCAUCCAGGAAAAUUAUCUGAAAACAGAACCUGCUCGGAUUCGUAAUCUUGAAGGGCCAGAGAAAAUUUUGAGAGAACUUCAGCUAAUGGAUCGCGCCGCUUCGUCCAUCUCAGACGGAGAUCUUGUGGACGCAUUGAUUCACGGGCCUGAACAACAUUGGGGACUGAUGCCGUUGCAUGCGAUUUGCUCUACCGUCACCCCUACAUAUAACCUAUACGGAAACGGUGCAGGUUAUGGAGGCCCAAAUGCGAUGUCAUUCCCUCAGUGGCUUGGCCAAAAUUCGAAACAGAACAAACUCGCCCGACAACUAGGCGACGUUCAAAUCCGAAUGCGACUGAAAGUAUCAGGCGAUAAAACCGAGAUCAGACAAUCAUAUAUUCCAUCCUUGUUCCCAUACAUGGUCAAACCACUCAUGGACGAAGGUGUUAGUGCUGUCGAUGAAGUCAUUGAGCGUAUGGAUGAAUAUUACAUUUCGAAAGAAGACUGGGAUACUAUUAUCGAACUGGGCGUUGACGAAAAGAAAGACGAUGUUAUCAUGAAGAAAAUUUCGACGGCCACAAAGACAGCCUUGACGCGAAAGUACAACGCCUCCGAACAUCCUAUACCGUUCCAUAAAGCGCAAGACUUAGGAAAGGUUCCGAAGAAACUUGCCGGUGGCCCAGCCCCAGACCUGGAAGAGGCCUUCGUUGAUGAUGUGAUAGAUGACGUUUCAGAGGAUGAGAAGAACAAGGACCUAGAUGAAGAUAUAACCAAAGACUCUCUUAUCAAAGCGCCAAAGAAGAAGAAAGCCCCUGUCAAGAA